GCUCCAAGCAGCACGAGUCAGAGCAGUGGGCGGGAUUACGUGCAAACGGAGGAAGAUGCUUUUGUUUUCCUUGGGAAAAAGUCGAGGAACAAUGUUUGGAAAUGAGACUUUUCUGCCAUGUUUCACAUUGACUUCAAACGCAAACUCAAGAUAUCAUAUAGCAUAUUGACUCGUUCGAAAUAAUUAAACGAUAUUUCGGCAUCUCGGCGCUUGUUUGACGCUCGUGUGGGAAUUCUCCUCAGAGCUGCGGAGAUCUCGAGGCGGAAGACGGGAAUCGCGAGGGGACCAAGUGAUGACACCGAGUUGCUCCAGUUUGAUUUUAUGCAAUGUUUUGCAUCAAUUCCGAUUCACAUCAAAGCAAAGACAUAUCUUAAAAGCUAUAUUAUCCUUUCUGUAUAAUUAAUGCCAUAAUUUGGAAUAAUCGUUCGCAAUGAAGAAACUCAAAAUGGCGGAGGGCUGGCCCAUCCCCCAGGCCCUGCUCCUGUUAAUAGUGAGUGUCGUGGGCCUGGACACUUGCCCAGCUCCUUGUGUUUGCUCCAGUGGUCCAGCUGCCUCUCAGAUGUUGGACUGUAACAGAAAAAGAUUGACCACUGCGCCUUUGGAUGCCCCAGCAUGGAUCACUCAUGUGUCUUUGAAUCAAAAUGAACUUACGGGGGUGCCUUUCCUUGGAGAUGUGUCGUCCAACAUCACUGUGUUAUCACUCGUUCAUAACCGAAUCUCAGAGGUUGUGGCUGAGCAGCUGUUGCCAUAUUCAUCACUAGAAAGUCUGGACUUGAGCUCCAACUCCAUAUCCGAGCUCAAAGCUGGAUCCUUUCCACCCAUGCAGUUGAAAUAUCUGAACCUGAGCAAAAACAAGAUAAGUUUCCUGGAGCCCGGCUGUUUCGGAAACAUCAGCUCUGUGCUUGUGUUAAAGAUCAACCAGAACCGAAUCUCCAUGCUACCCGACAAAGUCUUCACCCUCUCUCAGCUCCAAGUCUUGGAGUUGAGGCGCAACAGGAUCCGCGUCGUGGAAAGCCUCAUCUUUAAAGAACUGAAGGCUCUUAAAACAUUGAAGAUGCAGCGUAAUGGCAUCACUAAGCUGAUGGAUGGAGCUCUGUUUGGCCUGGAAAACAUGGAGGAGCUAGAGUUGGAGUAUAAUAAUCUAACAGAACUGAAUAAGGGGUGGUUGUAUGGACUGCACAUGCUCCGGAUUUUACGGGUCAAUCAGAACAAUAUCGGACUGAUCCGGGCCGACGCCUGGGAGUUUUGCCACCGCUUGGAAGAACUGGAUUUGUCCUUUAACCAUCUGAGUCGUCUGGAGGAUUGGGUGUUCAAUGGUCUUAACCUGCUUCAGAGUCUCAACCUGGGUGACAACCAGAUCACACAUCUGGGAGUAGGAGUGUUCAGCAGCCUGGCAAAUGUCCGCACACUAGACAUCCGUAAUAACGAGGUAGCUCUCGCCAUCGAAGACUCCGUUGGCAUGUUUGCGGGUUUGAAGAGGCUCAACUCGCUGGUUUUGCGGAAUAAUAAGAUCAGGACCAUCACUAAAAGAGCGUUUGAGGGCCUGAUGGAGCUGGAAAAUUUGGAACUAAGCAAGAAUGGGAUAAUUUCCCUUCAUCCGGAUGCAUUCUCUCAUUUAAAACUCAAAACGCUUGAUCUGAACACCAGCAGUCUCCUGUGUGACUGUCAGCUGCAGUGGUUGGGUCAGUGGAUGAUUGACAGCCGCUUCCAGCAAUCCUGCAUUGCCGUAUGCGCCUAUCCCGCCUCCCUGGCAGGUUCUAGUGUGUUUGUGGUUAAACCGGAGGAGUUCAUCUGCAAUGACUUCCCAAAACCUCAGGUCACCGCUCACCCCAAAACCGUUGUAGCCUUAAGAGGGACCAACAUCACAUUGAAUUGUUCUGCAUUUAGCAGCAGCGACUCUCCAAUGAGCACCGCUUGGCGUAAAGACGGAGAGGUGCUGUACGAUGCACAGGUGCAAAACUAUGCCCGCUACCAGGACCAGCGCCUGCUGUAUACCACCUUACUACAUCUGCUCAACGUCAACUUCACUGAUGAAGGACAGUAUCAGUGCGUCAUCUCCAAUCAUUUUGGCUCCAACUACUCAACGCUGGCCAAGCUCACUGUCAAUGAGCUCCCCAACUUCUUAAAGACCCCCAUGGACCUGACCAUCCGCACUGGUACGGUUGCUAGGUUGGAGUGCGCUGCAGAGGGACACCCGACACCCCAGAUCGCCUGGCAGAAAGACGGGGGUAUCAAUUUCCCCGCUGCUCGUGAAAGAAGGAUGCAUGUCAUGCCAGACGAUGACACGUUUUUCAUCGCCAACGUGAAGUCUGAGGAUAUGGGCGUGUACAGUUGUACAGCUAAAAACGAAGCCGGCAGCCUGUCAGCGAAUGCCACUCUUACAGUGUUGGAAACACCAUCCUUUCAGCGCCCUCUAGAGGAUCGUACCGUCGCCCGAGGUGAGACAGCCGUCCUCCAGUGUAUAGCUCGUGGCAGCCCCACCCCACGUCUCAACUGGACCAAAGACGACGCCCCAUUGGUGCUGACGGAACGCCACUUCUUCGCCGCUGCCAAUCAGCUUCUCAUCAUUGUAGAUGCCGGACCGGCCGAUGCGGGGAAAUACACGUGCAUCAUGUCCAACACGCUCGGCACAGAGCGUGGCCACAUCUACCUCGGCAUCUCACCAUCGGCCAACUGUGACCCGGUGACAAGCGUGUACGGGCAGGAUGGCUGGACCACAGUCGGGAUUGUUGUGAUGGUGGUUGUCUGCUGCGUGGUCGGCACCUCGCUCGUGUGGGUCAUAGUUAUCUAUCACAUGAGACGCAAGAGUGAGGAUUACAGCAUAACUAAUACAGAUGAGUUGACCCUGCCAGCAGACAUCCCAAGUUACCUCUCAUCUCAGGGUACGCUGUCUGAACCUCAGGAGGGAUACAGCAACUCCGAAAAUGGAAGUCACCAGCAGCUCAUGCCCACUCACGUCAACGGAUACGCCCACAAAGGCACUGAUGGCGUGUGUUACGGAGAUGCUAGCGGUGAGAUGGAUCCAGAAGCCAGUGGAAUGCUGGGUAGUCGCGUCGGUUCAUUCUUUGCUGGCCGUAGCAGCUUUCACAGAAGUGAACCCAGAGAGGGUCAGGCGAAUGUACCCAAUGGAGGAACAGGCCCUUUGGUCAUCUGCUCUGACUGUUAUGACAAUGCCAACAUCUACUCUCGCACCCGCGAGUACUGCCCGUAUGCUUACCUGGCUGAGGAUGAUCCACUGGUGGCCCAGAUCUCUCAAGAUGGACACCUGAAUGGCCUUCAGGAGCAGCUCACCGAGCGUGCAGAUGGGCCAGUGGAGGGUUUGAUAAAUCAGAACUCAUCAGGGUUCCUCAUCAACCCUGAACCAAGACUGCAGGCUUCACAACACUACAGCGCUGAUGUGCCAGGCAGGUCAUUUUGGGAUGGUGAAGAAACCUACCCCUCCAUCCUCGCCCAAGGGUCAGUGACUGUACACAAUCCCCCGACAUCUAUUCCUACCGGGGACGAUCGAGAGGAGAGGAGGGAGGCAUUGGAAGAAGGCUCAUAUAGGACUAAGCCACAGGAAAGCACCUCUGCGCCCACAUAAACCCAUCAAGUCGCGCCUUCACCCUCUCAAACUCAUCACCUCGUCCCACAGUCGACUUCCAGUGUCCCUCACCCCACUACCUCCACUGAGAAGCCUCAUUUUCUGCCAAAUGAAAUGCCUCUCUCCUCAAUGUUUACACUGCGCCCUCCCUCCACUGGUACGUGCGUGUAUUGAGGAAAACGGGAAACGGAAUUCCUGCUGUACAACUAACUGAUCUGGUUUGAGCCCGAGACUCUGAACGUAACAUUUCCAAGAGCUCGGCUAGCUCUACAGUAAGUUGUACCAAUUGGCUGUGGUACCUUUACCCCGCCUACUUCAAAGCAUUGAGCCUUUUGCAUAUGCCAAAGCUUGUCCCAGACACCUGGUAAUGCUAUGGAAAAGGAGUCGUACGAAUAUCGACUGUGAAAAUAUUGACCCUUUAAAGGCGGACAACUUUCCACAAGGACAAAACAGGGCGGUGAUGUCCUGUGAGUGACGUCGGAGGGUCAAUGAUCUAUUUUGCAUUUCUCAUUUGAUCCAUCACACGGUACUGACUGAUAAUCAUUAUUGUGAGUUAUUGUACGCCAGCCUUACUGUUAUUUGUCAUUACUAAUGCAUUUUAUUUUGUGCUUUUCACAAACUCAAAAGUAUUCCAGAUUAUUCCUUAUGUGUGUUUUUUUUUUUGAAGGCACUAUAAUAGAUCGUCAGAAAAACAAGCUAUAUUGCACAUUUGACAAUCUGCCCAACAGAGCUUGUAAUACGCUAUGUUGUUUUAAUUCUCUUCCAUGUUAAGCCUCUUGUUGUUUUGCAGAUAGAUUUGUAAGAGUUAUCAUUGUUAUCGUCUAACCCUACCUGUGAUUUCUUACAUACUUGCACACAACAGUGUUUAGGCAUCCAAACAUGGCGCUCUCAUCGCGAUCGGUUUUUUGGUGCUGCUAUUAACACUUGCAGUGUGACUGUAUGCUGAUAAAUAUAUGUAUUACUAUAUAUACAUAUAUUAUAUUAAUUUGAGAUCAGGCUACGUUUUUCCCGUCCAACAUAUGCUGGAUCAACUAAUCACUCCUCAACCCAUUUUGAAUUCUAAGUAUUUUUUAAAAAAUUGUAUUAAUUUUUUUAUCAUACUCUCUAUUGUGAUGGAGUUAGGCGCGUUCAUGCCCAGUAUUAUUAUUUUGUAUCGUUUUGGCCUUAAGCCCGGGAUAUACUGCACGACUUUUGUGACAUGGAGGGUUUAACUCUUUCCCUGCCAUUGACGAAUUAUCUCGUCGAUUAAGAAAAAAACGCUUUCCUGCCGAUGACCAGCAUUUCCGGCUCUCCGCAAUACCGCUAUUAUCCACCAGGUGGUUAAUUUUUCUGCAACGUACAAAACCCGGAAGUAUUGCCCUGUGGCAAACAGCUGGAUGUCCAUGUAUGUUUUGAGAAUCGCUCUGAAUCUGAUUUCUAUCAAAAGUCCUUCAGGAAAAUUUAAUUAUCUCAAAAAAUUUGGUGUUUUUGAAGAAACGUACGUACCCAUGUUUGAGAGGUGAUAAAAAGAGAACUAAUGAAGGUAGGACGAAAGAUUAUUUUUGUUUGAAAGCAGAGGGUUCAUUUUUUCAUUUGAUAUAUUGUAUGUUUAGAUAUUUUAAGAAGAACCAAUUUUGGGUGCGUCAAAUAUCUGUACGCAGGUUCUAGCAGCAAACACAUUGCGCAGCCAUUGAUCAUUCUGAAUUUUGUGGACCAGAAAAAUCACCUUCUUUGAACCUCUAAAUGUACGACAUAAGACCACCGAUAAAGAGCCACGAUCACAGAAACCCGGACGAUUGAUUCACGAUGGCAAUCUUUCAUCUGGAACCGCCAAAAUUUGUGCAGUGUAUCCCGGGCUUUAGAAGCAAAGGUGAAUUCUGACCUCCUUGUCCGUUAACAUUUAUUUGAAGUGGGCUGUGUCCACCAAAAGUCAUUUGGUUUACCUUACCCAAGGAGUCAAUGCCAUUAGACAAGCGUUUUGUACGAAGGCACCUUUUUAAGUAAAAUGAUUUCAGACCUAUUUUCAUCGGCACCCUAAUGUCACAUUUAAUGAUGUAGAACAAAUUUGAAUGAAGAUAAUUGAGCAAGAGAUCCAAGGGAAUAUUUAAUGACCACAGUGCUAAUAUCUUGCUUGAAAUUGGGGAAAUACAUUUGUAAGUUAAUUUACCGCUUUGCGCCACUCCAAUGGACUCAAACCACGCGCACAGGAUUGUGGGAUGUCACAGGAUGCUUUGAUGCUUUCCUACCUUGGAUACCAUCUGAGAAUAAGAAGGGUUUUGGGUUGUGAACACUUAUUGCUCCAAAUCAUCACUCCAUGAUUCAAGCGUUUUUGUUUGAAACUUCAAAUUAUCCUUUAUCCUCGUAAGGAUUUUUGCACUUUUUGAGCCCACAGAACAAGAUCGACAGAUAACUGUUGUCUGACUUCUCAUCGUUUUGUUUUUUUAAAUGAAAAUAUUUCUUUUCAAGUCACUCUCCAGCUGUGAUAAAGACCCACAGAUUUGCAUAUUCAUUCGCCUCGCAGUUAGUUCUACAAUUAGAUUAAUCACAGACCUUAAUGCCAAAUGAUAAAGCUGACCCCGUGCUGUCAAUUUCAGCGUUUGAUAUCAAAGAAGUGCUCGUGUGUGUGUGUCAUCACUGGCAUCCGGCAUCAUUUAUCGUAUCUGAAUUCGUUAAAUUACUGUUAAUGAUUGUUUUGCCCAUUACAGUGAUCUUUUCUCUCGGUUCUGCUCUCGGGAGAUACAGGCGAAAUGAUUUCAUUUACUCUGAAUAAUAUGUGGCUUUGUUUGAAAUGUUUAUCACCUUACCAAGUGUUGUUUCAUAUUGAAUCACAAUUCUGUUGAGUUUAGACCAAAGAGAAACCCGUGUGCAUCAACGUUCCUUCUUUCAACCACACGUCCAAAACAGAAACCAAAGUUUAGCGUCAAUGCUUUAAUAUUUAAGUGCUGCUUUUUUAAUAUUUUUUGUCAAGUGUAUUUUUUGUAUGCUGUACCUGUACAUUCUGUAAAGCAUGUAUAAAAUAUAUUAUGUUUCCAAAAAUGCCAACAUUUAGCUGACAUUUAAACAAUAAAAUGAAAAUUUAGAUGCA